AUGCUUCACAAAGUAGCAAUCAUCAUGGGUUCAAUGCGUCCUAACAACAUCUGUACCCGCAUUACCAAAUGGGUUGAAAAGACGAUUGAAUCCUUCAAUGAAAUUGAAUUAUCAGUCAUAAACUUGGCCGAUUGGAAACUUCCUUUUCUCGACGAGCCAGGCAUUCCUGCUGCUCAUCCUUAUCAACACGAACAUACCAAAGCCUGGAGUCAACGCGUACUACUUGAAGAUGGCUUUAUCUUUAUCACUCCGCAAUACAAUUGGGGUUAUCCAGCUUCUCUCAAAAAUGCCAUUGAUUAUCUUUACAAAGAAUGGAAUGGCAAAAAUGCUCUCAUAAUCAGUUAUGGUGGACAUGGUGGAAAUAAAGUUGCAGCACAAUUGAAGGAAGUGUUGGAAGGUGGAUGUAAGAUGAAGAUCGUGGAUAAAAUGCCUGGUAUUGUCUUGAGUCAUGAAAUAAUUAGGGAUCAAAUCAGAAUAGAUUUAGACAAACACUUUCAACCAUACGCUCAAGAUAUUCAACAGGCUAUCGAACAACUCAUUGCAGCUCUCAAUGCAAAGUUAAGUGGCAAAAUGUGA